AUGGCUUCUCAAGGCUCCAACGUCGACCUCUUGAUCGUCGGCGCAGGGCCUGCAGGGCUCAUGGCUGCGUGCUGUGCUGCUCAGUACAGUAUGUCUACUCGCAUCAUUGAUGAGAAAGAGACUCGUACGCAAACAGGUCAUGGUGACGGGUUCCAGACACGCACGUUGGAAAUUUUAGAUAGCUUUGGCCUGGCCGAAGACAUUUUGAAGCAGAGCACACCUGAAUCGGAGUCUUCCUACUGGAUGGCAGAGAAGAAGCCGGGCAACAUCCAGCGUGUCAAGACCGAGAAAUCCAAUUCCGGGCAAGACUCUAGAUUUACGAAGGCGUUACUAAACCAAGGUGCGACCGAACAGGUUCUUCUUGACUACUUGGAACAGAAACAGAAUGUUCAUGUUGAACGGUCAAAGCAAGCCAAGACACUAGAUUUUAAAGAUCUCUCUGCGAAAAUAAGCUUUCCUGUUUCUGUUGGGAUACGGCGAUUGACUGUUGAUGGUAGUGAUGCCUCGAAUCAACUAGAGGUUAUUAAUGCGCGCUAUGUUGUUGCCUGUGAUGGCGCACAUAGCUGGACGAGGGACCAGCUAGGCGUCUCCACAGAAGGGGACUCUAAAGGCUCCACAUGGGGCAUAUUUGAUAUAGUCCCUAUCACUGACUUCCGUAUGCUGUAA